CUGCUCUUCUUCUUUUCUUCCCCUGCACCGAGCAAAAAAAAAAAAAAAGAAAGGGGGACCCGGCACCAGCCUUUGAGAAACCGAUAGAGAGCUUGAUUUUUGGCCUUCUUUUCUUGUUCUAAGACUGAAAUGGAACCCAGAAAUCUUUCCCCCCUGCUGGAAAAUCCGGAUCUGCCUUGCUUCGCUCCUCACCGUCCGGCUGCUCCUGCUUUGUGGGUGUGAUUUGUUCGGUUUUUGCUUGCCGCCGGCCUCUUCCCCCCUGCAGCUCCGGUUUCUACAACUGGAGAAUUAUGGUUCCCGAUCGUUCUGUCAGUUAGCAUUGAGAUUGAAUGCUCGGUUUUAUGUGAGUGAGGUAAGUAAAUUUAUGGUAAUGCCCGUACAAUUUUUAAAAGCAUGUUUUGAUUUGUUUUUGAAGUGGUGGCGGGACUAAACCCGUUUUACACAAGUAUGACUGAUUCGAAGUGCAAUUUUUAUGCUUUUCAUUAAAUUGAGCAUGCCUACUUGAAAUUUAAGUGAUUGUCCUGAUGAUCUAAAAGUGAUUGGUAAAGUAUGAUUUUUCUGUUAACUUCUGCCUGUUUUGUCUCCGAUGUGGUCAUGUUAUUAGUGACCCUGCUAGUGGGGGAGUUUAUAAACACUAGCACAUGUCGGCACAUGUCGAUAUGUUUCUGUAAUCCUGCUAGUGGGAGUUAAACGCUAGCACAUGUCGACACAUGUCGAUAUGUUAUUCGUGACCCUGCUAGUGGGGGAGGUUAUAAACGCUAGCACAUGUCGGCAUGUUAUUGAUAGAACUGAUUCAUUGAGUGACCCUGCUUGUGGGGAUUAUACACCAGCAAACAGUGUGCCUGCCAGUGGGUGUUAGACGCUGGCCGUGACCUAUAGAGGAGACGUCUAUUUCGUUCCCGUAUUGUAUCCGUUUUUCGUGAUUGCACAUGUUGGCAUGCUAUAAGUUUAAUAAGGGGCACUCCAUAUUUACUUACUGAGUUUAUCUCAUAGUUUUUCCUUGUCCACCAUUUCAAGAAGUGAAACCGAGGACGGGAAAACCACGGGAAGUGACGAGUUAAAAAGCUAGCCAUUUCGAGAUUGAUAUAGAUUUUAGAGAUAAAUCAUGAUCUUGUAAACUAGAGUGUAUUUGGAGAUUUAUGAUAUCAGAGUAAAUUUUAAAGAUUUGAUCUUCAGAUUUUAAUGAUAUCAGAGUAUGAGAUGAUUAAGUUCCGAGCCUUGUGCAUUUGUGGGAUCCGUCUCACGAGUGCACGGCGUCUGUCGCGCCUCGGAUUCUGGUUUUGGGGCGUGACAAUUAUAUUAUU